UCCUUCUUUCCCGCUAGUUUCUGUUAUGGCGGAUAGUGACUGGAUGUCAGAGAUCUCCCCAUUGGAUGCCAAUAGUGCUGUUGUGGUUGAUAAAAUCAAAGCCAACAUCGUUAUGUAUGGUCCAUGGCAUCGUCAUCAUGACGUUUUGAAGAGUUACCAUGCACAAAAUUGGACAAGGAUGAUGGAGCAGAAGGUGGGCGACGAUGGAGGUGCAGCAACGAUCAAAUCGAACACCGUUUUGGGAUCUGUGGAGGUUAUCAAUCUUAAUUGUCUUGAGAUUCCUUGUCAGCAUGAUUUUGGGAAUUUGUCUAAUCCUUCCUUACCUGUCACGGUGGAGGAUAAGACAACUUUUGAUACAAUUAUCUCUCCAAAUUCUAAAUAGAGGUGUCAUAAUUGUCAAUAUCCUUCAAUUAAUUAAAGAAUCUCCCCCAAAAUCAUUAAAUGAGAUUGUGGAUGUUGUGGCAUUGGAGAAAAUGUUUG